AUGGGGCGUGACGUCACUGGGAAGCGCCGUUCCCAAAGUUUACACAAGUGUGCCGCUGAUGGAUGGAUAGCUGAUGGACGAAAAUGGAUGACAUCAACGUACUACACCACAGAUGCCUCCUGAAUCUGAGGCGUCGUGUCAGAGACAUCGGUGAUGGUCGACCAGCACAGGAGCGAUAUAUGAGGCUGCAGAAGGAUGGAGACACACUCAGUUACCAAGGGAACUCUGAAGAAGUGGGAUGCUAUGUGGCUGGCCGGCCUUUAUCAAAGGGAAAUUGCUACUUUGAGGUGACCAUAGUGGACACAGGAGUGAGAGGGACCAUUGCUGUGGGCCUGGUGCCUAAGUUCUACAGGCUGGACCACCAGCCGGGCUGGCUGCCAUACUCUGUAGCUUAUCACGCUGACAACGGCAAGUUGUAUAAUGGCAACCCGGUAGGGCAGCAGUUUGGCCCGAAAUGUGCUCGUGGUGACCGCAUUGGCUGUGGAAUACACUCAGAAAAUAUAGAAGCAGGUAUCACAACAGUCUUUUUCACCAAAAACGGGAAAGAGGUGGGUUCAGUAGAGGUUCCUGUGUCGGCAGAGGGGCUGUUCCCUGCUGUGGGGAUGCACUCUAUGGGGGAGGAGGUGAAGGUCGACCUGCAAGCUGAGUGGUUCCUGGAGGAGGAUGAUAGUAUGAUGAUGGUUGACAGCCACGAGGACGACUGGGGACGACUUUAUGACGUCAGGGUGAGCGGCACGCUUUUGGAGUAUGUUGGCAAAGGAAAGAGUAUUAUGGAUGUGGGUUUGGCCCAGGCCCGACAGCCACUCACCACCCGCUGUCAUUACUAUGAAGUGGAGAUAGUCGAUGCUGGGGAGAAAUGCUACAUUGCCCUGGGCUUGGCAAGAAGGGACUACCCCAAGAACAGACAUCCGGGGUGGAGCCGAGGAUCAGUGGCCUACCAUGCAGAUGAUGGAAAGAUCUUUCACGGCAGCGGAGUCGGAGAUGCUUUUGGUCCUCGCUGCUUCAAAGGUGACAUCAUGGGCUGCGGCAUCAUGUUCCCACGAGACUACAUCCUGGACGGGGAAGGGGAGACAGAUGACUGGGAUCGACUGGACAUCCGCCCAGGUCACGCCAGCGUCCAGAAUGUUCUGUACCUGAAUGAUGAGGAGGAGGAGGAGGAGGGGGAGGAUGGAGAGGAGGCGGGAGAACAGGAACAGGAGGGCAGGAAGGUCACGGUGUUUUUCACGAGGAAUGGGAAGCUCAUGGGCCGGAGGGAGAUGGUCGUCCCUCCUGGGGGCCUGUACCCCACCGUGGGGAUGCUGAGCAGCGGCGAGAAGGUGAAGGUGGACCUGCAUCCCCUCAGCGGAUGAGCCUGGGACUCGUGACGCCUUGCAAACAGCCGACUGCGCUGUAGAGCUCACAAACGGUAGCCUAGCAUGCUACUAACACUCGCCAGAACGCACUCACUUCAGCUGCACUCAUGCACAUCGCUGUCGUCUUCCUUCCCCGACUUUUAUUUAUAAGACUUGUACAUUUCACAGCCGUCAUGGCAGACGGCCAGCCUCGUGGCUGUAAAGAAGCAGUGACAGGUCCUACGUGGGCUGUGUAGGUUACAGAGUACUUGCUGCAGGAAUACACGGCUGCACCUCAAAGCGAGAAACUCCAGAGAGACAUUUAACUGUUAAUUCUAUGCAAUCUGCACUGCUGUCGUCCUCUCCUCUAACCUCCUCCUGCAUGCAGUGUGUGUCUGUAAUACUGAGCUGUUAAAUCCCUCUCAUGAGGUCUGGCACACUUAGUUUAUUUCAUUUGUCACAACCCCAAGCAAAGCAGAGCAAGGCCAACAGUUGUGCCGAGUCAGAGCUCGUUCGCAGUUUAUGUGUCAGGGAAUAGACACCCCCUCCUCUUCACCUCCUCUCUCCUUGCCACUCUCCUUUUCUUUGUGUCUCUCACUCUCUUUCCCAACCUCUCCUCAUCCUCUCUCUGGGUGAGGGUGCCCUCCUCUGAGCGAUCGGAGACCUGCUGUUGCCCCACCUCGCUCGCUGCUCUCCCAGAGCUGGCUGCAAGUCAGCAGUGGAUCUGUCUCAGACGUGCAUUAACAUUCAUUUUUUUGCUUUUUGUUUUUUUGAAUCUGAAUUAUUGCAAGUACGGUAAACACAACCAAACAUAAGACGCUGCCACUGAGCAGCACAGACGUUUCCUCAGAGCGGACGAAGAGCUUUUUGAGUGUUUUGUAGUGAGAUUACAAAUGAAAAUAUAUAUAAAAAACAUGUCAGGUAUAUUUUCUAUGAGGAAUCUGUGAAAUAUACUUUUCAGUUUAUCUUCUAUGUCAGAAGUUCAGGGAAUGCGAUUUGUUGCACUUAUGUGAAAGGGAAGCUGUUAAGGGAACACAUGCACACAGCGGGUGGACAAAAUAACAGAAAUAAACAGUGAAAUGCUGCCUGAUGCGACACAACACACUACAGCCAUAACAAUAACCGCAAACCUAACAAUAACCACAAAUAAAACACCUCUGAAAGGAAAAGCCAACUCUGCAAACCUCACACACAAGCAUCAGGCGCAGGGCUGUUGGAUUCGAUUGCAUCACACUGUACUGUAAUGUAAUAUUUUUGUACUCCUUCUGCAUGUUUGCCCACUACAUGAAGAAUUAUUCAGCAUCUUCAUUUUCUUUCCCUCAAAGUUUUGAGUGAUAUCUUUCGAAACAAUCUGCUAGUUUCUCUCCCUUUGUGAUGUAAUAUUAACUAUAUUGAUGUUUAUUUGCCGUUUGUGCGACAUGUCAGAAGAAAAAUGUUUUGUCUUUGUGUUUGUGGCCACCAGCACUUUAACAUUGUGUUUGUGUGACUGUGCAGAGAGCAGAAGCAGCACCGGGAGUCUGUGUCACAAAGUUUGAUUCGAUCACUUUUUCUAAUUUUGUGCAUCCAAAUUGUUUUUUUCCCCUUCCAGUCACCGUCUAGCAAUGUAAUUGAAUUAAAUGUAAUUUAAUUUCUAUCCUGCUAGUAAAAAAACCCGAAGCAGCAGCUUGCAUCAGUUGCUCAGAGGGAGAAAAGGUCGCACUUCAGCAAUAUUUUUCAAGUGAUAGAAGGCAGAUGUGGUGGCAGACCCGACAGAGCACUAAAGUUAAAAUCUGAGUGAAAGAUCACUCCUGGCAUUUCUUUCUUGACGGCUUGGUGCAAAUCCAGGAGAAUUCACUUUUGCAAUCAGUUUUUGCCUCGAAGCUUUAAAAGUGUUUGUUUAUCCACACACUGAAUCUCUCAGACAUCAUAAGAAAAGAAGGGUGAUGUCAACGGUUUGUCUCAGUUUAUCUACUUGAUAACGAAAUCUUACAGUAGGACUUGAAAGAAAUCAGUCAGCACAACCCUUUGAGGUUAAAUUGUAAGAAAGAAAUGUGUAAAAUUACAGAAAAGAAUGUCCUGUAAUUAAAAAACAAAACAAAAGAAGUUUUAUGUAAUUUAAUUGUUUAUCUAUCAGUUAAUUACUUUGAUGUAGUAUGAAUGGCUGCGAGGGAGGUCUUUAUCAGUCGUAAAAGUCUGAAAACAAAAAAGAAAAAAAGGAUAUAUAGUCCAAAACUUUUAUCCUCCACUUCUUCCAAAGAAGUACAGACGGCCAGAUUGGAGUUUUUGCCAGGCCGAAUCUGGCCCCCGGACCUUAUGUUUGACUGGAUUAGUAAGCGCUGGCUAUCCAAAGAGAACGAGACCCAGGUUAAGUUGCACUUUGGGACACAGACUCCGGAGCUGAAGCAAUCUGUCGAGUUUGUCGGAGCUGGUUUCCACACAUUUCUAAUUUAUGGUUAAAGGGAGAAAAGUCAUCAUUGUUAUUCUGUAUCAGCCAAAUCAAACUGAAUUCCUCUGCAUCUUCCUAUUACAACAUCUGCAUCCCUGUAAAAUAAACAUUCCUCUGCGCCUUCAUAAAAGGUGCAAGCAGCAGGUUUCUUUAGCAUGUACACAAAAUCAUCCACAGGUCACUGCAGACGGUGAUGCUAGAAAUCUAAUGUGAUGUAAAACUAAUACACAGGGUUACCUAUUAAAUCACAUCUGCUGGAGAGUGCGUGUUUGUAUUUAGUCGUCACGUGUUUGUUUGUUUUAGAGCCAAUGAUAUAAAAAUGUAAUCAGAUAUUUGUUUUUUCCUUCACAUGCAGGGCUGGAUAGAGACUUAUAACUAAAAACUGUAAAGCUAGACAGCGCAAAGAUACAAAUGAGACACCGAUGUGGGCGAUGUUAGCCACAUCUCCGUCCAGGGUUUUGAAGUCGCUUAUACUGACGUUUACUCAGUUCAUCAGUUUACAAAAAAAGUUAUGCGGUUCAACCAAAUUAGAGCUAAAUGCAGUGAGAGUUUUUGUAGCGUCUCCAAACGUGUUCACCAAGAAUUUAUGUACCAGUUUAAAAAAUAAAAAAUUCUUUGCCUUGUUGAAUUGCACUAUAAUGGCCUUGUUCAAACAUGUUUAAACGUCAAUAAAAGUUUCAGUAAUGUAACAAAGUGAUUGUUUUGAUUUCUCCGUGGUGGUGGUCCAUAAGUGGAUUUGGUGUCACUCUCAGGUAAGUCAGUGUUUAAUGAACAAGGGUAAAAAUGUAAAAUGUUAGUGUUACAAUGAAGGGAAAUGUCCUGUCCUGCCAGUAAUUUUACUUUAUUUUUAAGUAGUUUUAUAUUAUGCUUCCUGAAAAUGUUUUGUAUUGCAAAGCUUUAAUUACUUAUUUGAAAUAUAAAUCUAAAACAUUAUGUUGUAGUAUUUCAGCUCCAGCUCCAUUAUUACAGUGAUAUACAUGAAUCAGUAAUUAUUAAUCCAGUAAUAUAAUGUUUAGUCCUGUUAAAGAAGCUCUCACGUGAAUCUUGUGGAGGACGUUUUCUUUUUAUCGUUCGUUUGCAGACCUGCUGCUGUGCUCGGGAUCUCUGUCGGCCCCGUUUUGGCCCAGCUUUAGCUGUUGGACUGAUCUCCUCACAUUCGACUCUAGAAUAUUUUGGUACACAGAGGAGUUCAUGGUCGACUCGAUGACUGCGAGGUACCCAGGUCCUGUGGCUGCAAACCAAGCCCAAACCGCCACGCUGACAGCUGGUAUGAGUUUGUGCUGAUAUGCCAUGUUUGGUUUUUGCCAAAUGGGCACUGAGCAUUAUGGCCAAACAUCUCCGCUUUGGUCUCUAAAGAGGCAUUGUUCCAGAAGUCUCCACUAAGCCGUGCUGCCGUGUUCUUUUUUUUCCUCCUGGCAGCCACACUUGUAGCUUUUGCUUUUUCAGUUUUCUGCUCCUGGGAAGAUUGACAGCAGUCUUGAAUGUUUUUCACUUGUUUCUCAGCAUAAGAUGAUGCACUUCAGAUUGUUUGGUCAAGUGACUGAUUAGUAUCUGACUGCUACUUACACUCUUAAUGGGAGCAGUAAGAUGUACUUUCCUCAUAACUGCAUAUGAUCCUGUACAAUGAGAACCUUUCAAUAAGGCUGCUGCUUUAGUUUAGAUUAAAACUUUCAUUUAAGAGUCUAAAUUCCUUGUUUGACCACUUGUCAAAAGUUCUUGUAGCGUGCUGCUUUUUCACGUAACCUCAGGGAUGCACCUGGAGCAGCUGCACUGCGUUAUGGCUCUAAAGCAGAUCGCUUGUAGUCCCACCAGACCCACCGCAGUGAGUUUCAGACACUUCCCAGAAGUGGCAAUUCACACUGCACCACUUUAAACGGUGCCAGGUCUUGUUUAUUUUCCCCCCCAACUGACGCCAGGUCAAGCUGCAAAGAACAGAUGAGGAGGGUCCAAGGGGAGUCUGGUCAGAUUUCAAAAUAAAAGACCCCAUGAGAACUUAAUGUGUGUGAGGUGCACAUAAACAUGAAAAUAAUACCAGUUUUUAAACAGUGGUCCCUUUUUAUUUGUGUAUGUAUAUAUUUCUUUUAUUGUGUUUCAGUGAUAGUUUUCCUGGACAAUGAACUCCUAAUUCAGGCUAGUGAAGUCAUUCUUGCAUGAUUAGGAUCUUAGCUUUUGGUCUGGGGUACAGAUGCAGAAGACUGUAGGAGGGGAGUUUCUCUAGCUAUUCCCAUCUGCCUUUGACACUGCUUUGUCUUUCCCGCUUAUAGAUGCCAUUACAAGGCUAACUAGGAUUUCUGUGAUAUGUCUGAAUAAUAUGAAACCAAAUAAAACAUCAGCCAAACUUUAAUGCGAAAUUACAAAAGUACAUCACAGUUUUUGAAAACAAUCUUAAGCAGUAUGUCAAAAGAUACUCAGAGUUUAUUUAUACAGUAGCGGGUCAGGCUGUUUGGUCCCCUGGCUUAAAAUGUUACAAUAAUCAUGUCCAGUUUUAACUUGUCAGAAGUGGAAACAAAUGAUCAUUAGUCUCUUACAGUUCAAUGCGUUCAUGGUUACAUAUGUGACAAAUUAAAGGGAAAAAACAAAAACCUAACCCACGCAGUGAGAGGUGGCUGUGUGCUAGUCUGGGUCCACCUGUAACAUUUCCAUCCUGGUGGAAGUCUUCUUCUGGGUGACAGUGCCUCCACCUGGACACGAGGGCUCACAGUGGUUUGAGGGUGAAAAUAAAGUUACUCAUAGGCUGCGGCUUUCACAAUCAACACAUCUCAAGCCAAAUGAACGCCUAUGGGAGAUUCUGAACAAGCGUUUUAGACCGUGCUCUCAACUCGCUCACCAUUAGGCUACCUGAGUCAAUGCCAAGGUGCAUUAAAGCUGUAGGUUUUUCCUUUAACUGUCAUCCAUCUGUGGGAUCAAGAACUCAAAAGUCACAGCUGGAUUCUUCUUAGAAAAGAAACCAAACUUAUUAUUUUCUACUUUGAAAAGUUUCUGAAUUAAGACAGUCACAGCUGAGCUGCAGUCUAAUAAGACCGUGCAGUCGGUUUCUCAUGACAGCAGUUUGAUAAUGAAGCAUCCGAUGAAAAUACAAAAUUACAAAAGUCGCGUACACAAAAAAAAAAUAAAACAUCUGUUCUGUGACUCAUAACAUUUGGGUUAAAAAUAUUUAUUUAAAGGGGAAUCAUUUUAAAUAUCUUUUUU